UAAAAAUCGCAAAUGCAAGUAAAAGUGCAUUAAAACACAUGCAAACAUAAAAAUCGAUACACGCUUGCUAACAUAAUUCAAAAAAUAAUUUAGGAAUCAUAGUUUAAGCAAGUACUUAGAACGCAAAACGAAUUAACGAAACGACGACAAAUACGAAGAAUCGACAAUUAUGUGCGCCUGUGUGUGUGCUUUGUAUUGUAUUGUGUGAUUGUUUCUAUUGUGUGAGUUACUGGUGGCGUGCGUGUGUACAAUCGCGCGGUGUAGUGCGGGCGAGGGCGUACAAGAAGAAGCAACCGUCGGUUGUCAGAGUGAAAUCUUCAUAAUCAAAUCGAAGCAGUGGCAUAAGCGGAGAAAAAAAAUCAGCAGCAGCAUACUGCAAAUGUGGGUCACGUUUCUUUGCUUCGCAAAGUUCACAAAGUGUGCACACAUGUCACAGUUGUUGCAUAUAAAAAGCGUUUGAUGCUGUCGCUCAGCGCCCACCGACGCAAAGCACAACAACGUGAAUUAGCUUCCAGCCAAUCGGCCAUAUCCAGCAGCAGCGCUGGCCAUGCAGCGCUCCAUCGGCGACAAGCAACACGUUGACUCCAGCCAGAAUAAUGUCAACGCGCAACAAGCAGCAGUACCGACAGCAUACAGCACAGCAACCACAGCCAACGGCGGCGGUUGCACUGCAGACGUCAGCGUCGUCUUGGGUGCGGUGACAUUGACCGACGAGGAGCCGCAGCCCGCCGACGGCAGCCUUUGGACGGCCCUGUAUGACUACGAUGCGCAGGGUGAGGACGAGCUGACGUUGCGGCGGGGCCAAAUCGUUGUGGUGCUCUCUACAGACAGUGAUGUUUCUGGAGAUGUUGGUUGGUGGACUGGCAAAAUAGGUGAUAAGGUGGGUGUCUUUCCGCGUAACUUCGUCACUGAUGUGGAUCCACUGCAGCAGGCGAUAGAUAGCAUACAACCACACGAGGUUGACUACGAUAAGCUAGAAAUCAAAGAGGUAAUUGGGUCGGGUGGCUUCUGCAAAGUACAUCGCGGUUACUAUGACGGCGAGGAGGUAGCCAUUAAGAUCGCCCACCAGCCGGGGGAAGAUGACGAGCGAAUGCGCGAGAGCGUGCUGCAGGAAGCCAAGCUCUUUUGGGUGCUAAAGCAUGAGAACAUUGCCGCAUUACGCGGCGUGUGCUUGAACACCAAGCUGUGCCUGGUCAUGGAAUAUGCGCGUGGCGGCAGCUUAAACCGCAUACUUGCUGGCAAAAUACCGCCGGACGUUUUAGUAAAUUGGGCCAUCCAAAUUGCGCGUGGAAUGAAUUACCUGCACAAUGAGGCGCCCAUGUGUAUUAUACAUCGCGACCUUAAGUCAUCCAACGUGGUCAUUUACGAGGCCAUCAAAGACAACCAGCUACAUCAGAAAACUCUCAAAAUCACAGACUUUGGACUGGCCCGAGAAAUGUACAACACACAACGCAUGAGUGCGGCAGGUACCUACGCCUGGAUGCCGCCGGAGGUGAUCAGCAAUAACAUGUACUCAAAAUCCGCUGAUGUGUGGAGCUACGGCGUACUAUUAUGGGAGCUGAUAACGGGUGAAACGCCCUACAAAGGCUUCCAUCCACUGUCUGUGGCUUAUGGUGUGGCCAUAAACUCGUUAGCACUGCCCAUACCAAAAACCUGUCCCCAGGAAUGGAGCUCGCUUAUGAAGAGCUGCUGGGAAACGGAUCCACACAAGAGACCAGGCUUUAAAGAGAUACUCAACCAGUUGGAGAACAUUGCACGCUCCAAAUUCACGCGAACGCCGCAUGAAUCCUUCCACUACAUGCAGGAGGGCUGGAAAAAGGAGAUAGCCGAGGUGCUACACGACUUGCGCGAAAAAGAGAAGGAACUGCGCAACAAGGAGGAGCAGCUGCGUCGCGUCCAAAACCAACAGCUCGAAAAGGCGAAUUACUUGAAAGUGCUGGAGCAGCAUCUGCGGAAACGAGAAAUGGAGGUAAUUGGCCGUGAACUGGCAAUGUUGCAAACACCGGAGCCAUUUAAACGAAAGCAGAAGAAAGGCAAAAAGGUUAUUAAGGUGAGUAAGAACAAGCAGCUGCAAAUUUCUCUGCCCACGGAAUUUCGUCACCAGAUUACAGCAGUAUGCGACAAAGUUGAGCCGCCUGGUUCGCCUUCAAUAUCAGGACUACGGAUAGUGGCACUUACCGAUGGUCAUAAGGGCAAGACGUGGGGUCCCUCCACCAUGCACCAACGUGAGCGAUCGCUGCUGCGCCCCACAAUGGGCGGCCAGCCCGAGUGGUCAGCCCAGAGCUCGACGCACUCAUCGUUCAGCAAGAGUGCGCCCGAUUUGGACAAGAAGGCGCCGCGCCAGCAGCUACAUCCACAGCUUCCACAGACUUUGCAAAUGGGGAAUACAUUGCGUGCCGGCUCCACGCCAACCACGCCCACCCAUGGAGCCAUGUUUGUGGGCGGCGGUGUGGCGGCUAUUGGUGCGGUAGGCGCGGGCGUGGCCUCAGGUAUGCCAUAUAUUUUAUUGCAUACCAACAACAACAGCAACAGUAAUGGCAAAAAUAACAGUAACAACAUUAAUAAUAAUAAUAAUAACAACAAAACUAAUAAUAACAUCAACAUGUCACCACUGUCAGGCGCAUUUACAUCCACAUCCGCCUCGAUCGCCAUGUCACCCACAAAUGCCGUCGCUCCACAGCUGAAUGGCAAGUACGGCAACAACAAUAACCACAAUACGAGAAAUGGCAGCCUUAAUGGCGGUGCCGCUCAUUAUCUAGCCAAUAGUCCACACUUACACAACCAGCUGGCCGGUGCCCCACACGCCAUACAUUUUCAUCACACAGUCGUCCAACAUUUGCAACAACAACAAACACGUGCCCGCAGCCACGACCAUGGUCUGGACCAUAUGCAGCCUUCCUACAACUAUGGCCCGUCGACGCUGGCACCCCCACAGCCGCCCUUGAUGUCGGACGAUAGCUCUGAGACAGACACGCUGACUCCGACGACAGGUUGCUUUCACUUCCUCAAGUCGAGUGCAUCCACAGCGACAAUACAGCCGUCAACUGCUGAAGGCGGAGCUCGCGGCGGAUGCAGCAGCCUGAACAACAGUCCAGCCGUUGGUCGCAAGAAGCAUUCGCUGGACAGCUAUCUGAUGUGCGCCGGGCCAGAGCAGCUGGAAGAGCCACUCUUGUCGUCGUCACCGCCAUCUUCGGCGGUGCUACCAACAGAAAGCGGCGAACACAACACCUAUGAUCGUGCCUUCUACCAGCAGAACUUUAAAAAGAUCUUUGCCCACAGCAGCCGCGCGCUGAACACACAAUUUGGAGCCAAUGAGCGGGUCAGCUCCAAGUCCAGUGGGGAUCUGACGAUAUACAACUCAGCCACCCAGCUCACCGAAGAGUCUUACCAUAAUUACGAUGCAACGGAGGAUGAUCUGGAAGGCGGCCACUUUCAGCGCAGAGGAGGGUCCCAAUUUACGCGCGAGUGCUUCUUUCGUCAGCCCUUAGAUGCGACGGGCGAUGAACCCGCUGUAGGUGCUGAUAACGACAAGUCGUCUUCCGACGACGACUACGAUGAUGCUGACAAUGCAGACAGAGAGCAGCAGCAACAACAACGUGAUCUUAACUCUUACUGCUCCUCGGAGUAUUCAUCGACUAUGGAAACCUCGGGCUCACUGUCGCUGACGGCGCCUCCGCUGCCACAAACCUCACGCAAAAGUUCGGUUACCUUUCAAAUGAACUCUAUGGACUCCACACAGAAUGUUUCCUUCGCCUCGUUAGAGGAACAGUUGCCAGCCACUACCGCCACUGCCGCCACCGCCAUUGCCAGCGACCAGAACCAACAAAAUACGUCCACUGCCUCCAUCAGUUUUGUGAGCUACUAUUCGGAUGACGACGAUGCUGGACUAACGAAUGGCUACAAAAUUCAAGAUAACUCUAUUUUGGCCACGCGACGCAUGCGAGACGUGCAACCUCAUCCGGAUGUUAUCAAGAUGAAUAAGCACCUGCUCGCCGAGCAGCGCAAACAGAACAGCAAGAAACAGAAACAAAUGCUGAAACAUCUGCCCAAAUCCAAAUCGGUUGAGGCGGCCAAUGGCGGUGGUCAGACGAAUGGACAUCCUCAUAGGCAUCAGCAGCAGCAGCCGCAGCAGUCAACCACCAAAUUUAAGUCCCUGAUGAAUCUGUUGUCGCGCGGCUCCAAGAAAAAGUACUCAAAGCUGUCCGAGAAGACGCUGGGUGGCAACGAAGUGAGUGCAAGCGGUGAAAACAUCACAGACUUUCAUGCUGUUGAUCCGUAUGAUGCGGAGGCUGUUCACACCAAGACCACAGGAUUUGCGUCAUUGCGGCGACGGAACAAGAAGCCACAAACCCAGUCCUGUGAGCAGUUGGAACGCUUUUAGAGCCAAUAAUUCAGAUGCAGCAGCUUUAGAAGUUGUUCAAUUUGUGCCUUGCUGUGCGGUGCGAUGCGGUGCUGUGCGCCUGUUCCAAUCAGUUUAUCCACCUCCUGUUAAUGCCUACCAUGCGAUUGUGUUAUUGUGGUUGGUUGUGUGAAUGUGGUCGUCUAUUCAUUAAAAACAUGCAGCUUCAAACCAACAUCAUUAUUCUUAAACUCAAACGCAUUUUACUACAAACACUAUAAACCCAAUGUUUUAUAUUAAAACCACACAACAAAAACGAAGCAACUAAAAACAGAAAGAAACAAAGAGGGGAAAUCCCAAGCUAUUUAACCAUAAUUUCGGAUUCAACUGCAUGAAUAAUUCAUAAAGAAUAAUAUCACAUUAAUCUAAAUUAAUGUAAACGCCUAGGUUAAACAUUUUUGAUACCAACAUAUACAAAAAAAAAAAAUAUAUAUAUACAUAUAUAUUUAUAUAAAUACGCAUGUGUGCAGGUAGGCGCCGCCACAUACACACAAACAUACACAAAUAUCUUAGUUGAACUAAGUUAUAGUUUUAUGUAUUUCUAACAUACAUAUGUAUGUACAUGCAUAUCUAUCUACAUGCAUGUAUAGUAUAGGUAUACAUAUGUACAUGUGGUCAGUCGAAAAAUUGUUCUUUAAGUUUUAUAAGUAUAUACCAACAUUAAUUUUUUCUAUGCAUUUCUUACAUACAUAUCUAUGUAUGUAUGUAUAAUUUAUGUGGUCGAGUCAGCAACAACAAAAAUUGUUCAUUUAAGGUAUUUAAGCACGAUGAUUAUGGUUUAUUUUUUUGGAAAUUUGAAACAACAGCAUCAACACUUGUGGAGUAUUUAUCCGCCUUCUUUUUGUAUUUGAACACAGUUU